AUGAGUCCUACUGCAGUCCACGAAGUGCCGACUCCGACCAUUCAGUCGUUGAAAGCACAAGCGCAGGGUGGAAAAUUGGAGAUACCGCCUUGGACCAAGCCGCCAUUGACCAAGGAAAAGUUACCAUGGGCCCAGUUGGAAACCAUCGAUCUCAAUCUGCUGGACUCUCCCGACCCAGCCGUCCGAGAGAAGCUCAUUCAAGCAGCGAAGAAAGCACUGACGGUCGAUGGAUUCUUGUUCGUCACCGGAACCGGAGUAUCCAAAGAGAUUCUUGAGAGAAAUCUUGCCAUAGCGCAAUACGCUAUCAACGGGAUACCCUAUGAAGAGAAAUUACCUUAUGCAGCUAAAUUGGAGGAAGGGUCGUAUAGGGGAUAUAAGUUGAGGGGUAUUUGGAAGAGGGAUGGCGGGGUUGCUGAUAAUAUUGAGCACUACAACCUCGAAUCUACCUCUUUUGAGAACCCACAGGAUGCCCACCCAUCCAAACUGCUCCCAUUAAUACCUGAAAUCGAAUCUUUCGCCCGACAUACAUAUUUCUAUGUAGUCUACCGUAUACUGAAAUUAGUAUCUCUCGCUUUGGAAUUACCUGAAGAUUACUUGUGGGAAUUACAUGAACAUAAGGGUACUUUGGGACAUGCAUGUCAGAGAUUCAUGGGUUAUUUCCCUAGGGAUGAAAAGGAUGAGGAAGCCACUUCGGGGAUUUGGUCAAAAGGUCAUACUGAUUAUAACAGUAUCUCUCUACUCUAUUCGCAGCCCAUAUCGGCUCUACAAAUUUUGACACCUGAGAAUGAGUGGAGAUGGGUCAAACAUGUCGAAGGAGCUGUUGUGGUAAAUACCGCCGACGCACUUGAAUUCCUUACCGGAGGUGUAUUCAAAGCUACCCGACACCGUGUGAUCCGUCCUCCACCCGAUCAAGCAGAUAUCAUCCGAUACAUCUUAAUCCACUUCGCAAGGGUCAGAAGGGACCUCGAACUCAAUCCUAUAUGGGAAUCGCCAUUGGUCAAAUCUCACGGGAAGAAUGCGUUCCAAGAUAGGAUAGAUAAUGGUGGGAAAGCACCAACUCAAGAUGAAUGGUUGAGAGAAAGGAUUAGAAGAACGGGGCAUGAGCUCUAUGAUGAUAACAAGAAAUCUAAGAAUGGUAGGGUAGAAGAAGAAGUUUUAGGUAGAAAGGUUGAAUAUUACGUGUGA